GUGGACAAUUAUUGUGAUGACGUCUGAGAACAUGCUAGUUUGCGUCUCUACUGUACAGUCGAUACUGUAGUAGACGUAUAAUCGACAAGACAAUAGUAUUACAAAAAGUUUAAAGGUGAAAGAAACAAGGCUAAAUUGUUUUGAGAAGUAAAACAUAUGACGGACGUAACCCCAUCGAGUCAUGUGGCGUAACGUUACAUUCAGGUCUUAGCAUAUUAGCACUUUUUUCUUCUUGUAAUUCAGAAUUAACCUGGUAACUUAGUCAGUGUGAAGAAGACCAAGCCCAGCCAGCCGAAGCUGACAGCAGUGCUGCUCCCAUCUUAGUCAUACACUGAAGCAUAACAAAUCUGCCCGCAGCAGCAAAGCUAACAAGACUUCAAACUCGCGAGCUAAUGCUCAUUUGACCUUCUUUCUAGGGUUCCCUUAAUACCCAUCUACCUCUGAUUUUUCACUACUUCUUCACUGCACUGCCACCUGUUUCAUUGCUUGAAGCCAUGGCUGCUAACAGGAACGCUUUGGCCCUUCACAAAGUGAUAAUGGUGGGCAGUGGCGGCGUGGGCAAGUCAGCACUAACACUGCAGUUCAUGUAUGAUGAGUUUGUGGAAGACUAUGAGCCCACUAAAGCUGACAGCUACAGAAAAAAGGUGGUUUUGGAUGGAGAGGAGGUCCAAAUCGACAUCCUCGACACGGCAGGACAGGAGGACUACGCUGCCAUUCGGGACAACUACUUCCGCAGCGGAGAGGGAUUUCUUUGCGUGUUCUCAAUUACAGAAUCUGAAUCCUUUGCUGCAACUGCUGAUUUCAGAGAACAGAUUCUUCGGGUGAAGGAGGAGGAUAACGUACCUUUCCUGCUGGUGGGAAAUAAGUCAGACUUGGAGGACCGACGGCAAGUCGGGGUGGAGGAGGCCAAGGCCAGAGCAGAGCAGUGGGCAGUCAGCUACGUCGAGACUUCUGCCAAAACCCGUGCCAACGUAGAUAAGGUGUUUUUUGAUCUCAUGCGUGAGAUCAGAGCCAGAAAAAUGGAAGAUGGCAAAGAGAAAAAUGGAAAAAAGAAGAGGAAAAGUUUGGCAAAGAGAAUUCGAGAAAGAUGUUGCAUUUUAUAACAACCGAGUCGCACUAGAAUGCUAACAUCUCUUCUCUACCCUUCCACUGCUUCAAAAAAAAAAAUCCAUCAGGUUUCAUCACUCUCCAGUUACCUGCUGGAGAUCACCUCUUAAAAACACAUCUAGUCAACAGUCAGUGUCUUGUUCUUCAAUGGGUAUAAGUGGACAGAAUAUCAGAUAUGCAUUAAAAUAACAAAUGGUGUCAAAGGUCUGACAUAUCAGAUAAGAACAUUUCUCAGCUCAAGCACACCAUAAAAUACUACUAUAAUGAUUUUAACGUGUAACUAGAUUCCGUUCAAUUUAGUUGCUUUUAGUUAAGUGUGAGUCCAUUGAGUGCUGAACACUAACACUGCUGGGAAAGACUACAACUCCAAGCUAUUUGUUACGAAGUUCACGGUGUGUUUUGAGAUUUAAACCUCCUGUUCUCUUUCAGUUCUUAAAGUAAAGCCUUAAUGUUAGAGUAUACAAAAGUGGGUGUUAAGCUCCAUGCAUGAAUGCUUUUAGGCACCUAUCUAAAAGAAAAUUACAGCUAUAUGACUUUGUCUAACAUGAGCAUUGCUAAAUACUUCCUAAGACAAUGCGCAAAUGAUUAAAAACAGCUAAAUAUCUAAUGAACUCAAGAAUUAAUGGGGUUCAUAGAAAUUGGCUUUUACCAAAAACUUUUGAUUUAAUUCAAACACUCUAAAGUGUAAAAGGCCAUGCAUUUCAGAAUAUUUGGCACUGUCCUUUAUUUCAUCUUAAUUUCCUAAGUGCAUCAAGCUUGUUUCAAAUAUGUGAUUUAACAUAAACUAAUCUCUCAUGCAUCAAAUAUAGUCAAAAGGGCUUAUUCACUCAUCCCUGUGUGCAUGAUUUAGAGGUUUAAUUUGUGCUUUUCUAUGGGUCCCAAAUAACACAUGGAUUUUGCCAUUUAGAAAUGAGAGCAUCAUCUAGCUUGUCAACUUUACUGUGAAAACGGGUUGGAAUGUUUUAUUACAGACUGAAAUGUGUACUUUAUUAGAACUUAUAUGCAAUUUACAUUUUCUUGCAACUUUUAUCCAGUGUAAUUAUAUUUUCUAUUGUAAAUUAAAAUGUUCAGAAUUUUAGUUA